AUGCCCACAGCCAAACCCGAGGUGUACGUCAACCUCCAACUAAGGAGGCGCUGCCUUCUGCCUUUGCACUGUUCGCUUGCAGAGUUGGAAGAGGAACGACGAGAAAAGAGCGAACGGGCCUCCGCUGAGCUGAAGCUACAAAUCGAAGCUUUAGGUGAAGGUUUCAACGAGCAAGACAGACUUCUCUUCUCAACCAUCGGCGCCCUCAGCCUCAGGAACGCCGAAGCAAAGACACACUAUCAGCAGCUUAUCCAAAACCUCCAGAAGCAGCUGCAGGCAGCGGAAAGGGAUGUCGCUACGGCUGAAAAAGAUGUAGCAGCAACACGCUGUUCGAAAGAAAAAGAACUACAGAACGCCAAAGAGGCGCUACACCAUCUAGAAAAGGAACUCGAAAAAAUGACGUUUAAAUUCGCCGACCUUCUAAACGAUACUGCGGAGAAAUUGGCAGAAAGAAUUUCCAUGUCUCAGGGAAGUUGGGCAACUGAGCAGAAGCGGACGCCUCUGGAGCUGCGUAUGAAACAGGAGAGCCCUACAGGGCUUGGCACUGCCUUAGAUCUGCCCGGAGAGGGAGGAUGUUGGGGCUUCGACGCUCCACAUGGGGGUCCUGUGCUGGCUGAGCUGUGGGCAGAAGGCCAAGCUGUAGGAGGGGGCUAG